AUGCCUGGUGCGCUACAGGAGGUCUGGGACAGGUGUGGUGCCGAGCUUAGCUCGGCGGCGGCUCCUACGGAGCAUGGCAAGCUCGCAGCCUUCCUUGACGCAGCCUACAACAGUCCUGGCUUCGCAGCGCCCAACCCAUCAACAGGCGUCAAAGCUGUUCGUGACCACUUGGACAGACUUGUGCGCGAGCACAUCCCCAAGCAGGAGGAGGCAGCCAAACUCGGCUAUUUCAUGGGGCGCCAGCGUUGGUCACAGGCAGGGAAGCACGAGCCUAAUGAGCCAGCUCCUCGCGGACGACCUUCCAAAGUGACCGACAAGACUCUGGUUGCCUUGGUGGAGCGCGCUCUGAAAGAAAAGUCGCAGCCAAGCAGCCGCUUGACGUGGAACCGCGAAACAGAGCAGUGGAUGCUCGUGCAGACUCUGACCGCGGACAAGACCAGCAUCUGGCACGAGGAUGCCGAGCUGCAGGCCAACUUGAGUUUGAGCACCAUGCGCCGCAUCUCUAAGAGGUUUUGUGGGCAACACAAGCCCGCAGUCAGCGUCAACGACUAUUGCAUUUACUGCCAUGACCUUGAGACAAAGGUGAUGCCUCAAGUGCAUGAACUGGUACAGACAGUGCGCCAGACAUUAACCGAGGAGAUGGCUGGGUAUUGGGAUGCCUGGGACGCAUACGAGGCCGCUAACAAUCUGGUGGAAUGCCCUGGCCGACGUCUGCGUUUGCUGAAGCACUACGUGGACCAGCACUCCAGCAACCAACCAUGCAGACACCACACGCAGCCUGACAGCUUCCCUUGCGGCCUGGCUUGUCUGAGAGCCCGGGGCAGUGGCUUCCCACAGCGGCGGCGCGUCGACUUGCACCUGAAAGAAGCUGACGCCGGCGUGAAGCUGCGGGACAUGUCUAAGCUGCUCGAUGCAUAUCUGUUUCAUCGCGCAGCCAACGAGUUUCAGAAGCCCAUUCUGGCUCGCCUCCUGGAGCACCCUGCUGCAGGAACGGUCACCAUCUUGAGUGACUUUAAGGAGCAGGUGACCCUCCCUCUGCGUGCCGUGAAGACCGGGGAGGAGUUCUAUGCUGGCGCUCGGAGGGAGAUCUCCAUCUUCGGGAGCGUGGUGGCCGAGCGCAGCUCUGAUGAGGACGACAGUGUUCUCUGGACCCGCGUGUUGAUCGUAAGCGACAUAUUGGAUCACACGUGUGCGCGGGCGUCCCAAUGCAUAGAGAUGGCUCUGCAACAGCGCCGUGGUAGCCAAACCUUGCAGGAGCUCAACUUGGUUUCUGACGCGGGGCCGCACUUCCGUGCCUAUGAAGCGCUGCAUCAUUAUUGUUUGGAGAUGCCGGUCAAGCACGGGUGCAGGGUGGUGGUGAACUGGGGAGUCGAGAAGCACAUGAAGUCAGAAGCUGACAGGUUGUUCGCCAUCGUGGAGCGCUACAUCAAAGAUGCAGCGAGAAUGCAGCAUGACCUGGUGGAGAUUGACGACUUUUGUGAUUUCUUGCAGCGCAGAAAUGAUGAAGAACGGAGUCGAGAUCCCACUGCUCCAUUCAUUGUUGUCAUCAAGGACAUUGCGUCGCAGAAGCCAUCCCUGGAGUUGCGGAAGAAACUCACGGCCAAGGACUUUCACAUAACACGCACAUACUGUGUCAGCAGCACUCCGCUACAAAGCCGAGCCAGCCGCUUCAAGGUCAAGGUGCACAAUCACCUCUUCAGCAAUCGCGUUGCCUGCGUGGACCUCACAGGACUGUUGGAAGUAGGCCCGUCUCAAGAUACGGAGCCACAGUACAGGCGUGGCUUUUGGCAUGAGACUGGCCGGGGGCGUUGGGACACGAACAUCACUCCUCUUGGCUUGCACGACGAAACGGCUCUCACGAGGCGCCAGCGUGUGGGAACUGCUGUCAUUCCAGAUGGCGCAAACGUUCCUUAUGGUGACAGACCCAUGAGGUGCUUGAUCGAGAAGCGCCAGAGGCAGAGCCUCAGGCAAAAGGAGCGUAGGGCCCUGCGCAAAGCAGAGGACAGUUCGUCUUCCAGCUCUGACUCGAGCUCAAACUCAGGCAGCAGCAGUGGCCGCGAGUGA